CGUACUAUCUUAAAUCGUGCCCGGAGUAUACGACUGUAUAAUAUCUGUAUCGACUUGUCGGUUUUAUUAUUUUAAAUUUUGUUUUUGGUUAUCUGAGAUAAUAGAUUACUAUAUAGCAGGAAUGAGUUUCACUUAUUAUUGAAAUAUUAAUUUUAACUAAUUCAUUUAAAAUUGUUUACCUACCUUUGAACAGUAAAUAUUUAUUAAAAUUAAACAGUAAAACAUAUAGUUUUGUAUUGUAUCUUCAUAAUAAAUAUGACAAAAUCAAAAACUUUUUUUUCAUUAGCUAUAUUUUCUACAAUAUUCUUACAUGCUCAAUCAUCAUUAUUAUGCUACCAAUGUGUUUCAACACAUCCAGGUUGUGGCAUACCAUUUAAAUGGUUGUGGUAUAAAACAAUUUCUUGUCCUGAAGAAGAUGAUUUAUGCGUAAAAAUCAUUGAGAAAGUUGGAGCUGAAGAACGUAUUACUCGUGAUUGUUUGAGUUCAUUAAAAGGUGUUCGAAAUGAUAUUCCAGCCGACAAGUAUGAGGGUUGCAGAAAAAGUUCUCUGGAUGUUAAGCUAGGCCACUAUGUGAAUAAUUCAAUACCUGAAUUGGAUAUUAAACGAGACUAUUACGAUUCAACUACCUGGUGCUUUUGUUAUUUUGAUCAUUGGUGUAACUCAGCUAACAUGUCUACAUCUUCCAAUUUUCUUAUAGUGUUGAUAAGUAUAUUUUUUUUUAUUCAUAAUAUUGACCAAUGACUAUUCCUGUAUUAACAUUAAUUUAAUGCAAAAGAUUCAUGUUCAUUUGUACUAAAAAAUCAAACAUUGAUUUAGGUUUUUAGUUUUAUUAUUUACAAAUAAUUUAAAAUAUUGUUCAUAAUAUUUUUUUCGGAAAUAUUUUUGUUUUCAAUCAUAUUGUAAAGUUGGUGUACAUUUACUUUAAUUUAUAUAAUUUAUAUUUAAUUAUUAUAACUAGAAGAACAAUAUUGUGAUAAGAAAUUGUUGUUUAACAAUUUAUAAUAAUUAUAGCAGUUUUACCAAAUAGUUUUAUAAUGAUAAACCAUUAAUUAAGUUAUUCAUGUUUAAGGGUAUAAAUUAAAACACCAAACAUUUAAUUUUCAUAUCCGUCCAAAUGUGUUUGAUCUUUUAUUAUAUAAUUUUGUUUAUUGAUAUAUAAUUUCUAAGUAUGACUGUAUUAAAUUAUAAAUUAGUUAAGGUUACCAAAUCCGUCCAUUUUAUACUAUUUUUUUAUUAAAACCAAAAAUCAUCUAUACAUUUUUUUUGUUUUAU